GUGUUAUCGACGUUUGUCGAAGCCACCGAUUACUUGGACGAUUACACGUCGGCUGAUUACAUGGACGUGUCAGAGAAUCACGACAACACGACGAAUUGCACGAAUAUUUAUUGCACGUCGAACGAGGAAUACGAGGAUCGUAUGUGGAACUACGUGUUCCCGAAAUUUUGGGACUGGGUGUUGAUAGCAUCGCACAGUAUCAUCUUCGUGGUAGGUUUAGGGGGGAACGCUUUGGUCUGUAUCGCGGUUUACAGGAAUCACACGAUGAGAACCGUGACGAAUUAUUUCAUCGUGAAUCUAGCGGUGGCUGAUUUCCUCGUCAUAUUGCUGUGUCUUCCGUUCACCGUGCUCUGGGACAUCACAGAGACUUGGUUCUUCGGUUUAACGUUAUGCAAGGCUGUACCUUAUCUUCAGAUAGUAUCCGUGACCGUUAGCAUACUGACCCUAACGUUCAUAUCGAUAGAUCGAUGGUACGCGAUAUGCUUCCCCCUGAGAUUCAAAUCGAACACGGGACGAGCAAAAAAUGCAAUCAUCGGCAUCUGGGUGAUAGCUCUUCUAUUCGAUAUUCCGGAUCUAGUGGUGUUACAUACCACCCCGCCGCAGCACAUCAGUGUGAAGACCAUUUUGUUCACGAAAUGUGCCCCGUCUUGGAACGACAGUAGUCAGGUCACCUUUGUCAUCGUGAAGUUCAUCUUUCUUUACACUGGACCAUUACUCUUCAUGAGCGUUGCGUAUUGGCAGAUCGUGAGAGUGUUGUGGAGGAGUGAUAUUCCAGGACAUAACAGCUGUAAGCAAACCAUCGCUCUUUAUUUUCUAUAUGUGCCGUCACGAGCAUCCCAGAUGAGCGAGAUCCCAGCUAGCGGCGGCGGAAAUCCGGAGAUGCAGCUGAGAUCGCGACGGAAGGCGGCAAAAAUGUUAGUCACGGUGGUCAUCACUUUUGCCAUUUGCUAUUUCCCCGUGCAUUUAUUCUCCGUUUUAAGGUACACCACAAAGUUGCCAUCGAACAAGUUGGUAGGCGCCAUCAGCCUAAUCACACACGGCCUAUGUUACUUCAACAGCGCGGUUAAUCCACUGAUCUACAAUUUCAUGAGCGGGAAAUUUCGGAAGGAGUUUAAGCGAACUUUUCGUUGUUCUCGAGGGAGUAAUUCUCGUAUGCAACGUGGAUACCUUGCGAGCUCGUCGAACCUUCCUCGAAUAAAAGCUCGAAGCACGACGAUACGAACGACAUUAAAAAAUAAUAAUAACGUUCAACGAAACACCGAAAUCAUACCUCUCAGUGCUGUAACGAGCGCCCAGCAAAACGAGAAACACGACUGACCGUAAGCGUACAUACACUUUAGCAAUUAUGAUUAUUAGAC